UCUUAACCAAAUAUGUCCUGAACCCGAACCGAAUGACUUGUUCAGUUGUUUGCAUUGGCAAUUUGGCAUGAACAUGAAGCAAAAAUCGCAACCUAGGGGAGGAAUGAGGAUGAGCCACAUAACAACACCCAUCACUUUCUCGAGACAAAUUGUGUGAAUGCUAAGAACUUGGACAAUUUCCACCGUAUUCUCGUUAUCCAAACUCAAAUAAAUCUCCAAUCCCUUGUGACACUGUGUGGUUAGUACCAUCCCGCUACCAACACGCCAUUAUUAAUCCAUCUCCGUCACCUUCUUCCUCAUUUCCUGCAAGUAAGAACACUGUGUGCUUGUUAAUUUCAUCAUCAGGAAAACCGAUUAUUGAUGGAGUUAUGAAGCCCAGGCUGCAUGUAAAGUAACAAGUCAUCUGGAAGUUGUAGAAGAUAUGGCUCAUUUUUAUGCUAUGCUCAAGCACCCAGAAGGGGCUUCUGUCACAAAGAGAGAAAUGGUUCAACCAAUUUCAGCAAAGGGACAAAAGUUAGAUGUUAUCAAGCUAUACCCAGAUCCGGAGUCAGUUUGCUGUGCCUCAUGUUUGAGAAAAACUAGUUGCAAAAUUGUCCGUACUAAAACAAAGAUGAUGAACAUUUUGCUUGAAAAGUGGAAGGCUGAAGAUGCCCAGUCAAUGUUUGAGCAGUUAAUUGAAGAUGGACACGUUCCAUCACUGAUAACAUACACUACUCUAUUAGCUGCCUUUACAAUUCUGAAACGCUUUGAAUUCAUACACCCAACCAUCUCCCAAGUUGAAAAAAAUGGAAUGAAACCUGAUUCUGUGUUUUUCAAUGCUGUCAUUAAUGCAUUUGCAGAAUCAGGAAAUAUGGAUGAAGCUAUGAAAGCAUUUCUGAGGAUGAAAGAUAAUGGAUACAGACCUAGUACCAGCACUUACAACACAUUGAUUAAAGGAUUUGGCAUUGCUGGUCGUCCAGAAGAAUCUAUGAAAUUGCUUGAGCAGAUGUGCAUUAAUGGAAUGAUAAAACCCAAUCUCAGGUCAUACAAUGUAUUGAUUCGGGCUUGGUGUAACAAAGGGAAUAUUGGACAGGCAUGGAAUGUUGUCCACAAAAUGAUGACUUCCGGCCUGGAACCUGAUACUGUUACCUACAAUACUCUGUUGACAGCUUAUGUUCAAAAUGGUGAAACUAAGUUUGCAGAGGAUAUUAUGUUGGAGAUGCAGAAGAACAAAGUACAACCAAAUGAAAGAACUAGCUGUAUUAUAGCAAGUGGAUAUUGUAAAGAAGGUAAACUGAGGGAUGCUAUAAGAUUUAUUUAUAAGAUGAAAGAACUUAAAGUGCGUCCCAAUCUUGUGGUUUUCAAUUCUUUGAUCAAAGGAUUUCUGGAUAUUACAGACAGGGAAGGGGUUGAUGAGGUUUUGAGAUUAAUGGAAGAAUUCGGAGUGAAACCAGAUGUGAUAACAUGUAGCACAAUCAUGAAUGCAUGGAGUGCUGCAGGUUUCAUGGACAAAUGCCAGGAAAUUUUUGAUCAUAUGGUUAAAUCUGGAAUCAAACCUGAUGCUCAUGCAUAUAGCAUUCUCGCCAAAGGUUAUACACGUGCAAGGGAACCUGAAAAGGCCGAGGAGCUGCUAAACCAUAUGAUAACUAUGGGUCUCCGUCCUAAUGUUGUGAUGUUCACAACUGUAAUCAAUGGCUGGUGCACUACAGGAAAAGUGGAAUGUGCAAACAAAAUCUUCGAGGCAAUGUGUAAACAUGGGGUAUCACCAAAUCUGAAAACCUUUGAAACACUAAUUUGGGGAUAUGGUGAAGCAAAGCAACCAUGGAAAGCUGAAGAAAUGCUUCAGAUGAUGGAAGAAUUUGGCAUCCAGCCUGAAGAAAGCACCUUCAUACUCAUUGCUGAAGCUUGGGAAGCUGCUGGUGUAGCUAAAGAUGUGGGUAGAGUUCUUGUUUCUGCAAGAAACCGACUAAUGACAGAUAAAAGAAUCAACAGUGAGGAAAUUCCAGUGGCAAGUUCAGAGAAUGUUAAUCAGAAACAACUAGCUAACUCAUGUUAUUCUGAUAUGUUACUGUCGACUAACGGGGUUAUAGUUGAUUCUAAAGGGUCUAUCCCCGGUACCACAAAAAGCCGAUUGGUGCUGAGAGAUGCAUCAGAGUCUCCCUGGAAUAUAGCUGCUAAGCCCAUUAAUGCUUCUCAAGUGUGUCGAUUUGGGAGCAGACCACCCAUCAUUUGUCAGAAGCAAUCUCAUGGGAAGCCAGGUUUGUAUAGUCACCUUGCUCUCUCAUGUACAUUGGUCUUCUUGAACUGAGACGAAUAUGGUUGUUUCGCACCUUGGAAUAUGACAGAGCCGAACACUCAUCUUGUAGAUACUGAUUAAGGUUUCCUGUUCCCCUGUUUUUUGUAUCUUGCUGAGCGUAUUGAAACGGUUUGCUUAGCACGGUAUAAAAUUUGGUUGUGUAUAAAGCAAAAGAUAUUGUAAACUUGUAAAGGGCAUUUGGUAAUGUCAUGAAUAUUCUCAUUUACAGCAGA